CUCUGUGUGUGUGUGUGUGUGUGUGUGUGUGUGUGUGAGUGCACCGCUGUGCAGCCUUCAUGCAGAAAGCAAACGGAAAGGUUACGAUGGAGAGAUGAAGCGAGCAGGGGCGCAAAUGGCAGGGAUGCACUGAGAGGGAGCUGCCAGGCAACUAAAUCCUCAACACUGCCACAGUCCGUGCAACUCCUCGCCCCUCAGUCCCAGCUCCAGUGAACUGAGGGUUGAAGACAGGAGCCUGCAAGACAUGGGGACGUCAUGGAAACUUCUGCUGCUGAUGUCCGUCACCUCCAUCCUCACAGAUGACCAGGAGGAGCGUGGCCCGGAGUUUGUUCACGAACCACAGGAACAGAUCAUCACAGCUGGUGAAGACUUGAGGAGAGUGACCCUCCCCUGCGAGGCCCAGGGAAACCCCCCACCCCGAUACAGAUGGUUCCAGAAUGGCAGCCUGCUGCAGCCAGAGGACACCCCUCGCUACCAUCUGGUAGGGGGCUCCCUGAUCGUCGAUGCUCCCAGCGAACUCACGGAUUCCGGGACCUUCCAGUGUUUGGCCAGCAACUCGGUGGGGAGCGUACUGAGCCACGAGGCGAGGCUGCGUUUCUCCUAUCUCGGAAACUUCAGUGACCACCAGCGUGGACCGGUGUCCGUGCGCGAGGGACAGGGUGUGGUACUGAUGUGCUCCCCUCCUCCUCACACCACAGAGGUCUGCUACUCCUGGGUGUACAACGCCCUGCCCCGCUCGGUGGAGGAGGACAAUCGCCGCUUCGUCUCCCAGGUGACGGGCAACCUGUACAUCGCCAAGGCCACACCUGCGGAUGUGGGCAGUUACCUCUGCCUGCUGAAGGACAAGCGGAGCAGCCGCCGAGUAUUGAGCCCCCCCACCUCUCUCACCCUGCGCACUGACGGGGCGAUGGAUGAGUACGAGCCAAAGAUCGAAGUCCACUUCCCCACUGUGGUCCAGGUGCUCCAGGGCUCGACUGCCAGUCUCGAGUGCUUCGCUCUGGGCAAUCCGGUCCCCACCAUCAACUGGCGGAGGGUGAGCGGGAACCUACCCAGCCGGGCGAGGCUGCGGAAGUCACGGGCGGUGCUGGAGGUGCCCAACGUACAGGCGGGCGACGCGGGGACCUAUGAGUGCAGGGUGCAGAACUUCCGAGGAGAGAAUGUCGUCAGAGGGUUCCUGCUUGUCCACAGCCGUCCCCAGUGGAUCCGCACCAUCAACCACACGACCCUGGACAGCGGGCAGGCUCUGCACUGGGAGUGUCGAGCAGCAGGGAAACCACGGCCCAGCUACCGGUGGCUCAAGAACGGCGAGACCCUCGUCUCACAGAGCAGGGUGGUGGUCAGGAACAGCCUGCUGACGAUCACUAGCGUCAACAGGUCAGACACGGGCAUGUACCAGUGCGUGGCUGAGAACAAACACGGGAAGUUGUACUCCAGCGCUGAGCUCCGCAUCCUGGCCUCUGCUCCAAGCUUUGAAUUGAAUCCACUGCAGAGAGAUAUCCUGGUCUGUGUGGGACACGACCUCCUCAUCGAGUGCAAACCGAAAUCUUCUCCCAAGGCAUCUCUCAGCUGGAGCAAGGGUCGGAAACCUUUGGUCGAUGCAAGGGUGAAGAUCUCGGCAGAGGGCACACUGCACAUCAGUGGUGUCACGCAUGCAGAUUCUGGAACGUAUACCUGCAGGGCAGAGAAUGUAUUUGGAACGUCAUCAAGCACAACCACAGUACAUGUGAAAGAGGCGACAGAAGUGGAUCUGAUCCCAGGAAGGAUGGAGGUGACAGUGGCAGAAAGUGUGGUCCUGACCUGCAGAGUGAGUCACGAUCGAUCACUGCAGCCCCAGGUUCGCUGGGCGCUGAAUGGGCAUCCGAUCAACUUUCUCACCGAGGGCAGUCACUUCGAACACAUCCAAGCCCAACCUUCCUCUGCUGACCUCAUGAUCCGGGAUAUCCAACUGCGACACGCCGGGAUCUACAGCUGCCGUGCGGACACCCCAGCCGAUUCCGCCUCAGACUCCGCCGAGCUCCUGGUGCGGGGACCUCCCGGACCCCCUGGCAUUGUGAUCGUGGAGGAGAUCUCUGCCAGCACGGCCACCCUGUCGUGGAGCCAUGCCCGGGACAACCACAGCCCCAUCACCCACUAUAACAUGCAGGCUCGCAGCCCCUUCUCACUGGGCUGGCAGACCCUGCGCACAGUGCCCGAGACGAUCACAGGCGACCUGGAGUCGGCCACAGCCACCGCCCUCCACCCCUGGGUCGACUAUGAGUUCCGGGUGGUCGCCACCAACGCCAUCGGAACUGGGGACCCGAGCGUCCCGUCCCGGGUGAUCCGCACGCAGGAAGCUGUGCCCUCAGUGGCCCCGGCCAACGUGAGCGGUGGAGGAGGUCGGCGGGGGGAGCUGGUGAUUGCCUGGGAGCCGGUGUCGGAGGAGUUCCAGCACGGACAGGGCUUCGGCUACAUCGUGGCCUUCAGACCCAACGGCACCCGAGCCUGGAGAGAGGCAAUGGUGGCAGCGACCAGCACCUGCCGAUACGUCUACCAGGAUGACAGCCUGCAGCCCCUCACCCUCUUCCAGGUGAAGGUCGGUGUCUACAACAACAAGGGCGACGGACCCUUCAGCCCCGUCACCUUGGUCUACUCUGCAGAGGCAGAACCAGAGACGGCGCCCUCCAACGUCACCGCCACCAGUCUCUCAGCUUCAGAAGUCCUGGUGUCCUGGGAGAGUCUGCCCGAGAGAUCUCGCCCACCGCAGGGGUAUCAGGUCAGCGUGUGGAUGGACUCCGCGUCGCAGCACUCAGUGCGGAUGGUGAGCACCGGCGGGAACACCUCCUCGCUGCUGGUGGACGGGUUGGAGGGACACACCAGCUACCGGGUCAGCGUGAGGGCUUUCAACACCGCUGGCUCUGGCCCCUCCAGCCCACCGAGCCUCGUCACCACCAAGAAAUCACCCCCCAGGCAGGCCCCUCACAACCUGAGGUGGCAUCAGGACGGCUCCUCCGUGUCGCUGGGAUGGGACCCCGUGCGGAACCAGGACAACGAGUCGGAAGUGGCGGGAUACAAGGUGCUGUACCAGAGGGAGGGGCAGGCCCAGAGUGAGGUGGUGGAGACGAGGGAGACGGCCGCCGUGGUCCCACUGCCACACGACGGAGUCUACAUCAUCCGGGUGCGGACGGUCAGCGAGGGGGGGGACGGAGCCAGCAGCCCCCAGAUCAGAGUCUCCCUGUCCCCAGGUGCCGACGCCAACUCCUGUGCUCCCCCUCCAGCCUCGCCCACCUCAGUGACCCUCAUCCUGGCCCUGGUGCUUCCCUCAGCCUCCUGGUAGUCUUGGGCUGGGGGGGAGAGGAUCCUCACCUCGCCCUCCGCUGGAAGGAUCUCAAGCUCACGGUAACCUCCAACCAGACCAUCCUCAGCCUCCGCCGGGUGCAGAGACCGGGCCACGGUCACUAACGUGGGGAAGGGGUUGCCCUAGCCUGGCUGGACCAUGGGCUCCCACCCCAACCCCAGCCGACCCCAGGGCAUGGCUGCUUGACCCAUGCACUCUGACCUCAACUCACUCCCCCUCCCCUCCCCAGGUCCUCAGUCCGAUCCAGACAGAACCAUUCCGCCCACCUUGCCCGGCCGGUUCAGAGGCUGUAACCCCCACCGCCGAUGUUCAGGGGUGGGAAGCAUUCACACCCACCUCCCUCUGCCUACACUGUCUGUCUCACUCCCUCCCGUUCUGGGCCAAGCUCUGUUACCAUGGACACGCAGCCCGGAGCGGAACGCUGCGCCAGUGCUGAAGGAGAAACAGAUUAAAUUAGUUUAUUUAUAAAACCAGUUGCUGGCAGGAGACUGAUCUGUGUGUCUCUGAGUGUGUGUGUGUGUGUGUGUGUGUGUGUGUGUCUGAGUAUGUCUGAGUGUGUGCGCGCGCGUGCGCGCUUGAGCGUGUGUGUCUGAGCGUGUCUGUGCACAUGAGUGUGUGUGUGUCUGAGAGUGUGUGUGUGCACAUAAGCGUGUGUGUCUGAGCGUGUGUGUCUGUGCACAUGAGCGUGUGUGUGUGCACGAGUGUGUGUGUGUGUCUGAUUGUGUGUGUGAGUGUGUAUAUGUCUGGUUGUGUGUGUGUGUGUGUGUCUGAGAGAGUGUGUGUCUGUGUGCGCAUGCGCGCUUUGCUCAGAACCCCCAGCUCCUUGGCGGGACAGGGCAGUCUCCAUGGGUUGACCCCUGGUUUAUGCUGCCCUGGGCUGCUGGCCCGACCACACCACCCUUGCUCACAACCCACUCAAAGGGCUCGAGGGACUGAGUUAUGGAGAGAGGUUGGGACGGUUUUCCUUGGAGCAUAGGAGACUGAGGGGUGAUCUUAUAGAGGUGUAUAAAACCAUGAGGGGCACAGGCAGGGUGAAUGUACACAGUCUUUUUCCCAGGGUGGGGAAUUGAGAACUGGAGGGCGUAGGUUUAAGCUGAGGGGGGAGAGAUUUAAUAGGAACCUGAGGGGCAACUUUUUCACCCGGAGGGUGGUGAAUACAUGGAACGAGCUGCCAGAGGAAGUGGGUGAGGCAGGUACAUUAACAACGUUUAAACGAUACUUGGACAGGUAUCUGGAUAAGAAAGGUUGGGAGGGAUAUGGGCAAAUGGGACUGGCUUAGAUGGGAAUCUUGGUCAGCACAGACCGGUUGGGCCGAAGGGCCUGUUUCCAGUACGACUCUAUAGGGAGCAGAGGGUCCUCCCGGCGGGUGUGCGAGGGGUCGACUGGGUGUGAGAGCGCAGCUCGCGAAUGUGCAGGGCGGCGGAGGGACUCAAGAGUGGGUGGGGGAGACGAGACCUGGUGGGUUCGAGGCGCCAAAGCCCCCGCCUGAAGGAGCGCCGCGCACGACCUGGGAGGGGAUCACAUUGCUGUUUGUGGGAUCUUGCUGUGCACCAGUAUGCCCGCUGCCUGUCCCAGCGUCGGGACCAGCACGGAGUGCAGUGGACGCGAUCCUCCUGCCCAACAGUGGGACAGUGGCAUCCUCUGCUGGCCGAGCCUCGCCACUGCAUGUUCCACACGGUCCCCAAACAUCCCGGGACAGAGGGAGAGAGGAUCUUCCCUCCGUCCACAGGAAGUGUCCCGAGGAACGUCCCAGGACACAAACUGAACCCCAGCCACAUCCGGAUGUUUCCACACAGUCGAGAAACACACACAAGAUGCAGGGAGCAUCGACGGAGGGAAAUAAACAGUCGACGUUUCGAGCCGAGACCCUUCAUCGAGACUCUGUCCCUGCACAGCUGAGUCACGGAGCAUGAGAAUUCCAGAGGUCGGUGCUCAAGGAAUGACGGAGACCAGGGCAUUGUGAGCCUUCGGUCCAAUACUUCCCGAGCCACAGGUGACCGGGCCUUCGAUCCCUCCUGGGAACUGGCACACUUACUGUUCACCAGGGUCUCCUCAGCAAACCUCUCCACCAUGGCCCCCAGGAUUAGUUAGAAGUCCCCUAAGCCAAGGAGAACCAUAGUCACCCCUCCCCUUGACACUGCCCCAUCUCAAACUCCCAGUGACAAUUACCUUUGCUCCCGGCCACUGAGUCUUCCAUGAACCCGUUCCUGUUUUCCAUUGGGUUCCAGGGGCUUUCACUUCCCAGAUCGGGCUCAUCACAGGCUGUGCAGACGUACAGUACGGAAACAGGCCCUUCGGCCCACCAUGUCCAUGCCGACCUUUCUGCUCCCCAUCCACGCUGAUCCCAUUUGCCCGCAUUAGGACCGUAUCCUUCAUGCCUUGCCUACUGUCUAAAACCCUCUUAAACCUCGUAAUGAUAUCCAAUCCUCUGGGAAGAUAUUCCAGCCAUAAACUGCUCUGUUUAAAAAAACUUUCCCCUCAAAUCCUCCAAAACUUCCUCUCACAAACCUGUCCCCCUUUGUCUUUGGUACCCCUACCCUGGGGAAAAGGUUCUGACUAUCCCCCACAUCUACACCUCGUCUCGUGCACUUCCAUCGGGUCACCUCCUCUUCCGGCCUCCGUCACUCCAGGGAAAACAAGCCCGGCCUGUCCGGUCUCUCCCUGCAACUAAAGUGCUCCAGUCCAGGCAACAUCCCGGUGAAUCUCCCCGGCACAACCACCUCCUUCCCACAGUGUGGUGACCAGGAAUGCACACAAGCACCCUAGCUACACACGCUACCAUGUUCAGGGAACCAUGGAUUUGUACCUCUGUUCAUCAACAUUCCUUACUGCCCUACCAUUUACUGUACAACUCGUGCCCCUAGUGGACUUUGCAAAACACAUCACCUCACACUUGUUGGGAUUAAAUUCCAUCUGCCAAUGCUCCACCCAACUUUCCAGUUGCUGUAGCCUUGGACAACUUUCCUCACUGCCCACACUACCACCAGUUUCCAAGUGAUAGGGUCAUACAGCACAGAAGCAGGCCCUUCGGCCCAAGAUUCCCAUCUAAACUGGUCCCAUUUGCCCAUGUUAGGCCCAUAUCCUGCUGAACCUUUCCUAUCCAUGUACAUCCAAGUGUCUUUUAAAUGUUAAUGUACC